CGGGAGCACAGCCCGGCCCGCCCUCCGUGUACCACGAGCGGCAGCGCCUGGAGCUGUGCGCCGUCCACGCCCUCAACAACGUCCUGCAGCGGCAGCUCUUCAGCCAGGAGGCUGCGGACGAGAUCUGCAAGAGGGACCUGUCAGUCUGCUGUUUCCUGCUGGAGCCCCAGAGAUGAGUCAGACCUGAGCCCUGAGCCCCUGCCCCAAGGAGGAGGCCAGGGAAACAGAUACACAGAAAAGAAGCUGCAGAUGAGCCCUCUCCCUGCCCUGCCCUGCCCACCUGGGCCCAGACCAGAUGAGAGCGCAGCUUCCCUUGUUCAGAGGCAGGACCCAGGGCCCUGCAGGGGUGCAGAGGCUGGCCCCAGACUCCCGGCUGAACCCCCAUCGCAGCCUCCUGGGCACCGGCAACUAUGAUGUCAACGUGAUCAUGGCCGCCCUGCAGGGGCUGGGCCUGGCGGCCGUGUGGUGGGACAGGAGGAGGCCCCUGUCCCAGCUAGCCCUGCCACAGGUGCUGGGGCUGAUCCUGAACCUGCCCUCGCCUGUGUCACUGGGGCUGCUGUCCCUGCCGCUGCGCCGGCGGCACUGGGUGGCUCUCCGCGAGGUGGGCGGCAUCUACUACAACCUGGACUCCAAGCUGCGGGCGCCUGAGGUCCUGGGGAACGAGGACGGAGUCAGGGCCUUCCUGGCGGCCGCGCUGGCCCAGGGCCUGUGUGAGGUGCUGCUGGUGGUGACCAAGGAGGUGGAGGAGAAGGGCUGCUGGCUGCAGGCAGCCUGAGUGCCUGGACUGUCUGCCUGGCGCCUGGCGUGGUCCUCGUGCACCCGUGCACCCUCGUCCUGCAGCCUGAGUGCCUGGGCUGUCUGCCUGGCGCCUGGCGUGGUCCUGUGCACCCACGACCGGCUCCCGAGUGUCAUGUGCUGGGGAAGGGCCUGCACCCAUGGACCCCGAGGAGGCCCCAGCCCCUUCCCCACACCCCCUGCUCCCCAAUGCCGCUGCUGCCUCAAUAAAUCUGCUGAUUUGCUCCCA